AUGCACCCUGAUCCAAAAAAACGGCCUAAAGCUGUUGAUGUUGUUCAUAAACUUGUAAAAUUGCAAGAAACUUUUCUUAAAGAAGAAUUGUUGGAAUGUGUAAUAAUGUAUAAUGUACUUUAUUUUAGUUCAUUAAAUUAUUCAAACUCAAUGUACACAAGCAAAUUUAUCAAUACUCAAGAAAUUAAUGAAUCUGUAGAGAAGAAAUUAUUAGUUUUAAAAGGAAAAAUCAGGUACUUAUCAGAAAUGUUUCCUCACGCAGUUCCAAGUCCUCAAGCACAAUCCAUGUGUCAACCAUUCUAA